ACGCCAGGCUACUAAACACUUCAGUCACUACUCUUGCCAUCGGCUUCCGAUGCACACGUUGUUGCUGCAAGGGUAUGUGAACUGUAGAGGUCUCCAUCCUUCUGCAUCCACCUCUCUCACUUCUCGCAUUUUUGUGCACUGGGCACACCGAGGGAGACAGUGGAGAACGCUUACUGUCACAGAGACUGGGGAACCUGAGACUUGAGACGUCCUCAGCGAGACCGAAGGGGAACUUUGAUUUAACGGCUAAACCGAUGGAAACGUCGCGGACAAGCGGUGGCUCGUAUCUUCGAUGAGGGAUUCGGUUUUCAGUAUGUUUUAGAUAUGCUGUCCUUGGGCACAGCUCAGUAUAGGUUUGUAUUUCGUUGCUUCUCCCAAAUUGUACUGUGCUGCCUUGCUGUGACUGAACACCUAGGUCAGUCGAAUGAAAUUUAAGGGAGACAGAACACAUUAUUUCCAGCUUCGUGACAAAGGACUUCCAGUUGCAACGGGUGCCGCGAUGCCUGCGACAUUUCGGUCUUUGUUUCUAGUGCUGCUAAGUCUCCUGAGUGCCAGUGCCCAGACGGCACAGAUGAAGCAAGUUGUCGGGGUCAACGCCACUCUGCCAUGCCACCACCAGUACUGGCAGUCUAGUGACUCACUGGACAUCGAGUGGAUCCUGCAUAAACCCAAUUCCAAGCAUCGUGUGCUCAUCACCUUCUUCAAUGACAAAGUAUACGAGGUGGAGAGUGAGGACGGGCGCCUGUCCUUUGCCGGCGACUACCUGAGCGGUGAUGCCUCGCUGCUGAUCAGCGACCUGCAGCUCACCGACUCUGGGGAGUACCACUGCAAGGUGAAGUCCGGCGGGAAAUACCAGUGGAACCAGGUCAGCCUCAUUGUGCUGGUGAAGCCAUCAAAGCCUCGCUGCUGGAUGGAGGGCCGCCUGUUGGAGGGCAGUGACGUGAAGAUGAGCUGUAAGUCAUCCGACGGCUCUGACCCCAUCCACUACAAGUGGGAGCGAGUGCUGGACAAAGGCAAGAGUGCUGGGAAGCUGCCGCCCCUGGCUCUAGUGGAUCUGAAGAACCCUGAAAUCGUGACCCUCAGGAACCUGACUCAGGACAGCUCGGGCGUGUACCGCUGCACCGCCAGCAACGAUGUUGGCGAGGAGAACUGCAUCAUCGAGGUCACCAUGCAGUUUGUGCGAGGCAUUGGCGUGGUGGCCGGGGCGGUGGUGGGCAUCUCCUUCGGCGUGCUGAUCAUCAUCCUCAUCGUCUGGCUGGUCUGCCGCAAGAAGGAGAAGAAGAAGUAUGAGGAGGAGGAGACCCCCAAUGAGAUCAGGGAGGAUGCAGAGGCGCCCAAGGCUAAGCUGGUGAAGCCCAACUCACUGUCCUCCUCGCGCUCUGGCAGCUCUCGCUCUGGAGCCUCCUCCACCCAGUCCAUGGUGCACAACAGCGCCACCCGCGGGGUCCCCCGCCCCCGUCCUCCAGCCAUUGCCGCCCUCAAGGAGAAUGGCCAGCCCACCAGCUUCCCCCAGUCGCCCCCCACCUACAACCAGGCGGUAUCCAAGACCCCCGAGCCCCCGAUCACCCCCAAGUUCAACUCCCGGAACAUGCCUGGAGGAUUGACGGUGCCCUCCGGGGUGAUGGCCCCGGCUCAGAGCAAGGCCUUUCAGACUGUGUAAGGAGGACAAGCCCGUCACCUCGCAGCCAUGGCAAACAGUGUAGCCCUCCAUCCCAGGAAAGACAAAGACUCUUCUGAGGAAAAAAAAAAAGAAAAAUUAAAGAAUAAAUGUAACCAAGAUGAAGAAAAAAAA